UGGACGCGCUGAUCUCACAGUGCCAAGCGCUAGACGGAGUGUGAUCUCUCGGCGAAUUGCUCCCAGCUGGAAGAGGCUACGCUGGAGUCUGGAGCAGAAGGAACGACUGUAAGAGAGAGAGAGAGAGCGAGAGAGAGAGAGAGUGGAAUAGUGAGAGAGGGGAACCAGGUUCGCACAAGCGCAUGAUCGCAGAGCAAAUGAUCAGGACCGAGAAGGCAAUGCUGCCAAGCCGCACCGUGGUGACCGAGCGCGGAUAGCGAGCUGUCGAUGCAGGAGGACACGCACAAAGAGAGCCUUGGUUUUGUUAUUGACAGAUCGGAUUUCUUUAUUUAUUGGCAGCCGGAUUUUCGCUGCCAAUUUCAUGGUCAGUUGUAUGGACCGUCCAAAUGAAACGAGGACACGCAAUUAAUUGAAAAUUUAAGACUUCAUAGAACGGAUGAACGACAAGCUAAAGCGGUGGAGCUUUCUGCCUUUUUAAUAAUUCGUGCACGUUCCAGUUCGUUGGAGUUGUAGAACUGUGGGGUCAGAAUGGGGUCUUUAACCGAGACCCGAGAUUACUUGUGCAUAGACAUUUGACAACAACCUGGAAUAAUAUUUUAUUUCAAAGAUAAUUUAAGUUAGACGCUCAUUCCCGCGACACUGUGCGCUUUUAUAACUGUCGUUGGGCAUUUUUAAACUUUUGAAAAGAAGGGAUGUCAGCAACAAUACUUGGGAAUACGAAAUUGGACAGGGGCAUAUUUUGCAAAUCACAAAUGCAAGCAAGAUAUAUUUGUUUCACGGCGUUCCACGGCUAAUUUUACGCACAAGGAAUAAGGACUGGUUCUCUGUUCAGUCUACACAGAAACGACAUAGGAUAUAUUUGUGUUUUGUUUCUAAGCUCUGAGACGGCUGCUGGACCUUCCUCAUUUAAUAUUUUUGUGAGUUUUUGCAGCGACAUUGUGGAAAGGUUGAAUACGCGCCUGAGAAAUAUUUAGUUUCCUUCAGCAAAAUGUGAACUUCGGGGGUGAGUUUUUUUUUCUUCCAUUAAGCCUCAAAUGUACCCUUUCCCCGCAAAUAUUAUCGUGGAAUACUAUUGUCAUUAUCAAACAAAUAUUGGUAAACAGUGUUUAUUUAUAUUUUAAGAGAAUAUUUCCGUUCCGCAUUUAUUCCAUUUUUUUAACAUUCGAAGGAAAGAGGAGGAAGACUUUACCCUAGACAGCCGUGAAGCUUGGAGAGCUUGCUGUCAUGCGGGAUUGAUCGCGGGAGAACUAUGUUUGGGCUGGAACAGUUUGGUUCUCAGAUCAGUAGCAGAAACGCUGGCCCGGGAGACAGAAAUUUAAACCAGCCGAGAGUCAACAUGAGUUCCCACUACAAGGGCCCCGGUUUUCACGCAGGCGGGCCGCCGGCGGGCGCCGUGGAACCGGGCAUCGGUUCGCUGAACGAGUCGCCAAUGCUGGGGCUCAACAUGAACAUGAACGGAGAAGCGUUCAGUUUUCACGGGCGAGGCCACGCCGACAUGCACGCGGCUCCACAGCCGCAGCAGCAGCAGCAGCAAUCGGCUUCGAUGCACGGCUUCUUCGGCAACCAACAACCUCACCACGGCAGCGGCCAUCCCCACGGACACCACCCGCACCCCCACCAUCAGCACCACCCGCACUUUGGAGGCUCUUUCGGGGGCGGGCCGGACCCUGGGGCGUCCUGCCUGCACGGAGGCCGGAUGCUGGGCUAUAACGCAAGCGGCAUGGGGCCGCAGCAGCAGGGCUUCACGGAGGGUUUCGACCCUCUGGCGGAGGCCGGCCAGUCGGGCGACGGCUUCACUCCUCCUCAGCAGCCGCAGCGGUCGGCAGGGAACAUUCCGGACUUUCAGCACCACGCCCCCCCCUCCGGAGGCAGCCACGGCGUCCCCGCCCCCUGCCUGCCCCUGGACCAGUCCCCGAAUCGGGCCGCAUCCUUCCACGGCCUCCCCUCCUCCUCGGAGACCCACGGGUUGGAGCCACGGCGCCUGCCCCCGCCCCAGAGCAGCGUGGACGGACUGGACUACAGCAGCUACCCCGGGGAGCCCCCGGCCUCCGGACACUUCGACGUUCCCGUUUUCUCCCCCUCCGAAUCCGAGUCCCAGCAGCACCCUCACUACGGGGCAGGAAGGCAGGUGACUGGGGGCAACUUCCCUGGCAACAACCCCGGCAUCGCCCGAGCAACGGGAAUGCCGGGAAUCUCCAAAGGACAGCAACAGCAGCAACAGCAACAACAUGGCGUCUUCUUCGAGAGGUUCGGGGGCGGCAGGAAGAUGUCCGUGGGGAUGGAACCGGGGAUGAGACAUCCCAUAAUGCAACAGCAGCAGGCCGGCUUGCUGGCGCGGCAGAACUCUUGCCCCCCGUCCUUGCCGCGGCCCCCCCAGUCCGAUUCGGGCUCCUCGAACCCUGGUCUGCAGGACGGUAUGAUGCCUGGGCAGCAUAACCAGUUUGAGUACCCCAUCCACCGUCUGGAGAACCGGACCCUGCACCCCUACGGAGACCCCAUGUUCGGCCUGCAGCCCCCGCCACAACAGGGGCCCCCGGCCCCCCCUCCGCAGCCCCCCAACCAGAGGCUGCAGCACUUCGACGCGCCCUACCUGAGCAUGGCCAAGCGGCCCCGCUUCGAUUUCCCCAGCGGCCACGGCGGCGGAGAAGGCUGCGGGGCCUGGAACGGGGGCGGGAUGGAGAGCCACCUCUCGCCCUCGGCCUACCCAGACUUCACCCCUCCCGUGCCGGACGCGUUCCCCCCGCCGGGCCCCCCCCAGCUGCAGCACGGGGGCCCCGAGGCGCAGUCGCUGCAGCAGCGGCAGAACGCGGCGCUGAUGAUGAAGCAGAUGGCCUCCCGCAGCCAGCAGCAGCGCAUGCGGCCGCAGCCCCACACCCCCCCCAGCCUGCAGCAGCUGGGUCACCACGGCGACGCCCUGGGCGCGGUCAACAUGCCCCCUCCUCAGCCCAGCUUCGAGCGGGAGAACGGGGCGCGGAUGGUGGCCGGCUUCGACGCCCAGAACCACCCUCCCCACAUGAGUCAGGAGAACGCCUGGUUCUCCGGACCCCCCCACCAGCCGGGGCCGGGGGACAUGAUGGCCCCCCGCAGGAUGGGGGGUCCCGGGGGGGUCGGGGGCGACGAGAUGGGCCUGCCGCCCCAGAACGGCUCGUCGGGAAUGAUGUACCGGAAUGCCGCUGGAGUGAACGGGAUGGGAAUGCCGGAUCCCGGGAUGCGGUUGCCGGGCGACGGGCACGUCCAGGCAUUGCACUCCCCUGGCCUGCACUCGCAGUUCGGGAAUAACCUGGGCAGUCUGUCGCAGAUGCAGUCCCCUGGAGCCGGGGGGGUCGGACACCCCAGCGCCAAUUCCGACCGGAGACCGCCUGACUUCUCUGCACCCCAAUCCUCUUUUCCCUACGGAGGGGGGAACAACCCAAACCGGCAGGGGCCUCCUCAACACCCCCACGGAAACCCCCCAGGGGUCAACACCUCCCCAGGAAGCUACGCCGCUCAGUCCGAGUUCCCCCAGGGCCAGCGUUCUUCCAGUAAACUGGGAGCGCUGUCUCUCGGGAAUUUCAGCAAAACCAGCGCUAAAGACAACGUGUUCGGACAGAGCUGCCUCGCCGCCCUCUCCACGGCCUGCCAGAACAUGAUCGCUAGCCUGGGGGCGCCCAACCUCAACGUGACCUUCAACAAGAAGAGCCAGAGCGAGGGCAAGCGCAAGCUGAGUCCGGCCUCGGAGCAGGACGGCAGCAACGGGAACAUCGGCGGCACCGGCCCGGAAUAUUUCCCGGGCUCCGGCGGCUCCGCUUCCCAGAACGGAUGCCAGAUUCCGGGCGGGAAUGGCGGCGGUAAGUCUGCGGGACAAAGCCAGGGGGAAUCCAGUGCCCUCUCCCCAAACUACAGCAUGGACGUUCCCCAGGGGAGCGAGGGGAAAUCGGCAACAGGGAAUGGGAACGGGAGAGGGAGGGGGAGGAGAAAACGAGACAGCGGACAUGUGAGCCCAGGAAUUUUUUUUUCCUCUGACUCCGGCGGUAAUGCUGUGGUGAGCCCCAGCCCGGCGGCGGGAACACCGUCCUCGGGAAUGGGGGAGAGGGGGGGAGGGGGCGGGGGUACGCCCCACGAUAAGCCCCUCACUCCCCCGUCCUGGGGGAAGGGAGGCGGGGGCGACCUGUUGCUCGGCGACCAGCCCGACCUGAUGUUGUCGCUCGACAGCGGGAUCCAGAGCGUCGCCAAGUCCGACGGGAGCUCGCCGAGGACGGAGUUCCCGGACGAGGUGGGGGGUCAUCACUACGGCAACGAGGACGAGGUGUCCUCCAGCUCGGACCACGGGUGCGGGGGGGGCGCGGCGGGGGGGCCCAAGGCCGGCCGCAGCCCUCUGCUCGCCGGCUCCCCGAAACUCCCGAGGGUCGACCACGGCCUGCUCAACGGGCAGAAGAGCACGCUGGGAAUGGGCAUCGGCAACCUCUCUACCUCUACGGCCGACGGCUACGGGAGCGGCGGGGGCGGGGGCGGGGCGGGCACACCUGGGCUGGAGCAGGUGCGCCCCCCCUCCAGCACCCCGGGCUCUGACGAGGUCCACCCCCUGGAGAUCCUCCAGGCCCAGAUCCAGCUUCAGCGGCAGCAGUUCAGCAUCUCGGAAGACCAGCCGCUCGCCACCAAGGCCGGCGGGAAAAAGGGGUCGCCGGAAUGCCCGGGCGCGGGCGGGGAGGCCGAGCUGGCCGGCUGCAGCCCCCCCGACGCGGGACAGGGGUCUGUGGGCACCAUCGACCUCGACACGCUCAUGGCGGAGCAGCACGCCGCCUGGUACGUGCCCGGCGAAAAGGCCCUGCUGGACGGGCCUGACAGCGACAAGACCGCAGCACCCUGGGAAAAGACCAAGAGCCUGAGCAACGGCAAAGAAGGUGCGGACCUGUCUCAGAGUAAGGGGGGGCCAGGGGCCCCAGGAGGGGCCAGCCAUAUGCAGUGCCUGUCGGUCCACUGCACAGACGAGCUGGGGGACAACAAGGGCCGGGGGGGCCCCGUGUCGUCAUGGCGAUCCCUGCACUCGGACAUCUCCAACCGCUUCGGAACCUUUGUGGCAGCGCUCACCUGAGACGCACACACACACACACACACACACACACUCUCUCACGUGCACACACGCACACACGCACACACACACUUACACACAGACUUGCCUGACUGCCCCAAUUCCUGGGACAUGCGACACAUGGACACACACACACACACACACACACACACACACACACACACACCUCUGUACAGCACGGUCGGGUGAACACACUCGUACCUGUGACCGUGCCCAGACCUGAGAACCUCAACCUAACCUUUUAUAGAACAA